GCCUUAAUCGACUGAUUCCCGACUGAGCGAGGAACUCCAUGCAAAAGAUGUCACUUGAAAGUGGGAUUCAGUGUUUGCAACAAAAAUUGGAAGAAGCAGAGGAAGCACUUCAGAAAGCAGCUCAAUAUGGACUUCAACUUUUGAAUGACAAAGUGGAUCUGCAGAAUAAGUUGGAGGAGCAACGAAUUGAGAUGACAGCUAUAAUUGAGGGCCUUGAGCAAGAAAAAUAUUCCCUUCACAGAGAAGUUGAGUUGAAGGGUCGAAUACUGGACAGUCUUCGUUCAGAAUUUGAUAUUGUUAAAAGUCAACAAAAAGGUCUUUUGGAACAGCAGCAAGCAAUGCUGGAAAGGAAUAAAGCAACAGAAAUCAAAGGCUUAAAAACAGAGAUGGAGAAAAUGAAGGGUGAUCUAGAAGAGGCUGAGCUUCUUAACAAACAACUGAGACACAAGCUGGAGUUGCAGUCCUGCACCUUAAGCAGCAAAACAGAGGAGCUCCGCAAACUAACAGAAUGUGCCUCUGAAACUAUGUCCUCAGAGAUUUUAGAGCUGCAAGUACAUAAGAUGGAUCUAGAAUCAUCUAUGGCUCUUUUAGAGCAGGAACAUCAAGAAUUGCAAUACAAAGAACAGCAGCUGCAGCUGGCUAAUUGCAUUCUCCAGAGGCAACUGGAGACCCUCACAAACACAAGAGAAGAAAAGGAAAAAGAGGCAGCAUCAAUCUACAUUGCUUUAGAGAAAUCCAGGGAAGCCAACCAGGAUCUUCAGAUACAGUUGGACCAGAUAUUGCAACAGGCACAGGAUCCAAACAGCAAAGGCAAUUCAUUGUUCUCUGAGGUGGAGGACAAGCGUGCAGAAACGGAAAGACAGUUAAUUAGUAUGAAAGUGCAGUUCCAGUCUCUUCAAAAGCAACAUGCCUUUAGCAAACAGCAGAUGCUUCGGAUGAAGGUGCAGAUAUCUAAUCUUAUGCAUCUCCAGGGCACUCGAGCUGACCCAGCCCAGCUUGAGCGGUUACAGUUUAUGUUGUCAGAAAAAAACAGUGAAAUUGAGGCCUUGAUGAGUAAAGUACAACAGCUUGAGAAGAAAACAACUGAGAAUCAGUCCUCCACUGCAUACUCUAAAGAAAUUGACUUUGUGGAUGAGACAUACUACACUGAUCUAUUAAAAAUGCAGCUCUCAAAUUCCAAGAAAGCUGCAGAGAAACUGAAGAAUGAGCUGUCUAUGGCAAGAAUGAAGGCUCUUUCUGAAAGUCAGAGAGUACUUGAAUUGGAGAGGAAAGUGUUUGCAGCAGAGAAUGCCCUGAAGCAGAGACAGAGUGAUAGUAUUAAGCUCCAAGUAAAAAUUGAAGAACUCCAGAUGAAAUAUGAGUCUAACGAAGUCAAUAAGGAGCACACUCAGAAGUGCAAGCGAGAAAAAAUUCUAGUGAACCUUACCAAGGAAGGAACUGACAGCACAGAGCGCAGGACUCUGGACAAAGAUGUAGAUACUCUUCCUUGUUUAUCUGAGAACCGAGAUCUGACAUCGCCCCAGCCACCUCAAGCCCUAGAUUGCAAUUCUGCCUUGCCCUGUGAUGCAAAGUCUGUCAAUAUCUCCCAAGUUGAGGCAAUCUCUGUGCCUGUUCCCCCAAGGUGUUUAGUGGAAGAUUGCAGUAGCAAGCAGAAAAUGGUUACAUGGGCUCAGGAAGGGGAUAACUGGAUAGCAGACAGGAGGAAAAACCACGAAGCACCAGUUUAUAUUGACAAAGAGAACACCAUGGAGAGACAGUGUGCUCAACAGUAGUAAUUAAUUAUCUUUAUUCAGUGCCAUAAAAUAAGUAUUUGUCCUGUUGUCUGUGUAUGAUUGUCACGCCAAAUGCUUUUAGAUCAUUAUACAAAAUGUACUAUAAGGGAAA